GCGACGUCGAACGGGACUGUUUGUUCUGGAUUUGGGGCGAGGAAGGUCUGCGAGCGCUGACAACCGACAGAAGAAGGUGUGGCACUCUGCUCUCUAUCCGUGUCUCACAGCGCGUCGUGGGCAUCCUGUGUUACCUCGGGAAACUGUCACCUCACCAACUGAGCGAGAUAUGAUCACACAAUCGGAUUAAACCGCAGCUGCACGGCUACAAACAUAGAGUCGCAUCAGGAGUGUAAUGGCCUGAGGGGGGUCCCCCCGGUCCCACCUGCCCCUGCCAGGUCCAAUCUGCCUAAACUGUCUUCUCAGCCACUGCAACACACCACUGCAAUGGGAGACGGACUGGAGGCAGGCAGCAGCCAGAACCCCCCCUCUGCUCCACCGCCGCUCCCCUUCAACCCUCCGCCCCCCGAAACAUGGAACCCCUCCAGACCCAAACGGCAGACCAACCAGCUACAGUACCUGCUGAAAGUGGUGUUGAAGACAUUGUGGAAACACCACUUUGCAUGGCCCUUCCAAGCUCCUGUAGAUGCAAUCAAACUGAAUUUGCCUGACUACUAUAAGAUCAUAAAAGUUCCUAUGGACAUGGGCACGAUAAGAAAACGCCUGGAGAACAACUACUACUGGAAUGCCCAGGAGUGUAUCCAAGACUUCAACACAAUGUUCACAAACUGCUACAUCUAUAACAAGCCCGGGGACGAUAUUGUCCUGAUGGCGGAGGCGUUGGAGAAGGUGUUUCUCCAGAAGAUUUCGGAGAUGCCACAGGAGGAGUCGGAGAUCGCUGUGGUCUCCAGGGGACGCAGAGGGGGCAGAAGGGAGUCAGGUCUAAUCACGGAUUCAGGCCAAGACUCAUCUUCCCCUUCCACCACCCCGCAUACACGUGGCUUUUCAUCCCCCUCAACGACCCCACACACCCGUGCCACACCCACUCCUCAAGGCCCACCCACCCUGCCGUUGGUCCAGCCUCUAUCCCAGGCUCUGACCCAGGCUCUGUCCCAGCCUCUGACCCAGGCUCUGUCCCAGCCUCUGACCCAGGCUCUGUCCCAGCCUCUGACCCAGGCUCUGUCCCAGCCUCUGUCCCAGCCUCUGACCCAGCCUCUAUCCCAGCCUCUACCUCCGCCUCUGACCCAGCCUCUACCCCAGCCAUUAUCCCAACUUCUAACCCAGCCGCACCCCCCACGUGUGCCUCCCAUGCCCACCAACCAUGCCCCCCUUUUGGGACCCGCAUUCCCCCUGUCAACUCCAGACGUCCUGUCCCAAGGCAUGACCUCAGUUCCUCCUCCACCUGUCACACACCCAGGUGUCCAUCCUGCCCCAAUACUGCAGAGCUCCAAUGCCCUCAUUAAGCAAAGGAAGAGUCAGAAGAGGAAAGCUGACACCACAACACCCACAGCCAACGACCAGCUCAGUGAAUCAUCUCCCGUCUCUGCUGAGACUCGACCGCGCCGAGAUAACAAUCGCCCAUCGAAGCAACCCAAACGAGACGCGUCCCAGCCGGACUCUCAGCAUCACCCGGGAGGCGGUUUGGAGACCGGAGGGACGGCGACACCGAAACGCCAGGAGCAGCUACGUUCCUGCGCUCGCCUCGUCAGAGAGAUGCUGUCAAAGAAACACGUCUCAUACGCCUGGCCUUUUUACAAACCCGUGGACGCAAAAGCUCUUGGUCUCCACGACUACCAUGACAUCAUUAAGCACCCUAUGGAUCUCAGCACCAUCAAGAAAAAGUUGGACAACAGACAGUACAGAGACGCUCAAGAAUUUGCAGCAGACGUCAGGUUGAUGUUCUCCAACUGUUACAAGUACAAUCCUCCGGACCAUGAUGUUGUUGCCAUGGCGCGCAAAUUACAGGACGUGUUCGAGAUGCGUUUCGCCAAAAUGCCAGAUGAGCCAGAGGAGCCCACCCCUGUUCCCACCCCGUCAACGGUCCUCCACCCUGCCCCCUCCACGCGACAAGUCCCGCCUCCUCCUGGCAUGUCAGACGACGACAGCUCUAGUUCCUCCGAGUCGGAGUCCUCGGGAGAAGACUCGGAGCACGAAAGGCAACAGCGGCUGGCUGAGUUACAGGAACAGCUCAAGGCUGUCCACGAGCAGCUGGCCGCACUCUCCCAGCCGCAGACCUGCAAGCCCAAGAAGAAAGAGAGGGAGAAAAAGGAGAAGAAGAAAGAAAAGCACAAGAAGAAGAUGGGUGCCGAGGAACCUGUGGAGCCCCCUCCCCUCGCGAUGCUUCAGACUUCUUCUUCUAAGAAAAGCAAAAGCAACAAGGAUCCGGUCACUGUAAAGAAGGAAAAGAAAAAGCCUGGAAAGAAGGAAGGAAUCAAAAACAGCCGCCCAGCUGCGCCCCCUCAACCUGGUCCGACUCCUCUCGUCCCCUCAGCUUCUCUUGAAGCAGAAGAUGACAUAGAUGUAUUUGGGGGCAUGUCCACUGAGCGAUGUAAGCCAAUGUCAUAUGAGGAGAAGCGCCAGCUGAGCCUGGACAUCAACAAGUUGCCCGGGGACAAACUGGGCCGAGUCGUGCACAUAAUCCAGACGCGGGAGCCGUCGCUGAAGAACUCCAACCCUGACGAGAUCGAGAUCGACUUUGAGACGCUGAAGCCCUCAACGUUGAGAGAGCUGGAGAAAUACGUCUCAGGCUGCCUCAGGAAGAAGAAAAAACCAUCAGUAGAGAAGUCUCUGGAAAUGACAAAGACAAAGACUGGGUCCUCAUCAUCGGGCAGCAGUGACUCUUCUGAUAGUGAAGACUCUGAGAAUGGGCUGGUUCCCAAGCAACAGAAGAAGACCUUGACUAACAAGGACACCAAGAGACCACAGCACCAGCCCCUCAUUGGUGCAGUGGGCCCAGUCGUUCCUCCUCAGCCUCAGAUUCAGCCCCAGAUUCAGCCUCAGAUUCAGAUUCAGUCUCAGCUUCAGUCUCAGAUUCAGAUUCAGCCUCAACUUCAGCCUCAACUUCAGCCUCAGCCUCAGAUUCAGCCUCAACUUCAGCCUCAGCUUCAGCCUCAGCCUCAGAUUCAGCCUCCGCUUCAAAUUCAGCCUCAGCUUCAGCCUCAGCCCCAAGUGGUUCAGUCCAAACCGCAGUUUGUCCCCGCCCCCACUGUCCCCGUGUCUGUCCCUGUCCCCUGUCUGGACUCCUCCCAGCUGCUGACCUCAGGAUUUGAUCCUCUGGCUCACUUCAUGAACCCUCACCUGACGCAGUCCAACACAGAGCCCAAUGCAACAGUUACUACUGCUGUUUCGGCCAUUGCCGCUGGUCUCCUCAAUGCAAACGCGCCCACCUGCCAGACAUCUGCCGACACCCACCCUUUCCUGAACCAACAUCCCAUAUUAAGUCCCCCAGCCAUUCACAACGCUCUUCCCCAGCAACCAUCGAGACCUAGCAACCGCGCGGCGCCGCUUCCACCCAAACCCCCGCAGCCUCCUCCAUCCUCGCUCCCUUCGUUGCCUCCGUCUUCCUCGCCGCAGCUCCAGCCCUCGCUUCCCCUCCCUCUCCCCCAGCCUGUCCACCGCCCACGCGUCCCUUCCCCGCCGUCGCACGGCAUCCUGGGCACCCUCUCGGCGCAGCCUCCCCAGGCCCUGCUGGAGGACGACGAGGAGCCGGCGCCCGCCAGUUCCGACACCCCGCCGCUCAGCCAGGUCCACAGCUUCCUGCAGUCGCUCCAGGCCAGGCCGACCAUGCAGACGCAGCCGCUGCAGGCGCUGCAGACGCACUCGCCCGCGCAGGUCACCUCUCAGCUGGUGGCGUCGAUGCACUCGCAGGUUAUGUCGACGACCAGCUCCUCCCUGACGCAGAGACACAGCUCGGGCCACGCGCACAUGCAGCAGUCGUUCUCGCACACGCACACGACGGCGUCGCAGAAGGGGGUGGUCCUGCAGCAGAAGGUACAACAGUUGCAGCAGCACCAUCAACAGCCAUCACCACGAAACAAAGCAGAGCCCUUCCCAACAGGUUGCCUGCCCGACAGCCCCUCUCCUCUGAUGAUGCAUUCUCCUCAGAUGCCUGACUUCCAUUCGAUGGGACAGCAGUCACCUCCACAGCCCAAGAAGCACGAGCAGAGGCCCAACCUGGUCGGGGUCAAAGAAGAGAAGCCUUCCCAUUCACCAGUGCUGCCGCCCUCCCCUUUCAGCCCGACCAUCCGUCAAGACGCACACAAACCAGACAUUAAACACAGAUUAGACGUGAAGUCGAUGGAUGGUUCCCGUCCCAUCUCCCGUCUCCCAGACUCCCCAGCACCACCCUGCUCCCAACAGGACAACAAAAUCAAACAAGAACCCAAAACUCCCAUCGCUCCUAAAAAGACACAGGAAGCGAAGUUAAAGAACAUGGGUUCUUGGGCCAGCCUGGCUCAGAGGUCCCAGUCCACGCCGGCCUCCUUAGUGCGCUCCUCUAGCGACAGCUUCGAGCAGUUCAGACGGGCGGCCAGGGAGAAGGAGGAGCGAGAGAGACAGCUGAAAGCACAGGCUGAACAGGCCAGGAGAGAGCAGGAGAAACUACGGAGCCGCGACGACGACGACACGAUGGAACAGGCCCGCCGAGCGCAAGAAGAUGUCCGCCGUCGCCAGGAGCAACAGUCGCCGCUCGCUCCCACGCCUCCGGCUUCUACUCCGCCCACUCACUCCCCACAGGCCCCACCCACUCAGCAGCCAGCCCCUCCCCCUCCGACCUCCGCUGCACAGAACGCUCUCGACCAGCAGAGGGAGAUGGCCCGGCGCCGCGAGCAGGAGAGGCGCAGGAGAGAGGCGAUGGCAGACACCAUUGACAUCAAUUUCCAGAGCGACCUAAUGGCAAUUUUUGAAGAGAAUCUAUUCUGAGAGGGAUAAAAAAAAAACAAAAAAAAAAAAAAAAAAAAAGAGGACGAUGGUGUGAGAGAAGGACCUAUCAACACACACGAGCAAAUUUACAAAAUGCGUAUAACAACAAACAGCGCUGUGACGUGAUCACACAGAUGCACAUACACAGACUUAACAGUAACUGUCCCUUUCUCUCAGUAGUUGAAACAGCUGGCUUGUGUCAUGUGAAUGAGAGACGGGGUGGGGGGAUGAAAUUAAGAAAAAAACAAUAAAAAAAACAAACAAAAAAAAAUACCCUCUAUUCCUCCAAACUCAGAUACAUUUUGGUGUCUGACUUGGUGCGUACGGUUGUUGGUUCUUGACCUCCGGGGACAACAGGUUGAAUACAGACAAGUAUUCUCCCUCAAGGAAAACGGGACAAAGCAAGAGACCGAACUUUUACACUUUAAAGAAGAAAAAAAAAUGGAAAAUUUCAAGAUUUAAUUUAAGAAAACGUUUUGAUUUUAGUUGUGUGCGAUAGGAGAGACGGGAGGGCGAAAGGAACGAGUGGACAAAACGUCAAACAGAUCACUUUGCUUUUCUUAAUCCCGUCUCUUUCUGAUUUCCUUUUACGGUGGAUUUUAAACGGGAGGGGGCUGAGGGGGGGCGGGGACGGGGGCGGGGGCCGCGGUGGUUGAGUUGUCUCAGCCGUCAACCGAGAGUCAUUUUCUCAGGACACUGUGGGAACGAAAACACGCCGGCCGCAUUUCACACACACACACACACACACACACACACACACUUGCAAAACCUCCUUCCUCCCGUCACUUCCUUCCGUCUUCUUUUCUCGCUCGAGUCACAAAUGGGAGAAGUGGAGCCUCCAUGUUCACGUUCAGCAUUCGAGGGCAGUGAGGAGUUAGCGUGUGUCCUUUGCCUUAGUGCUCUGGCCUGUAAACUAAUGCUCUCACCCCACAAAUUAUACAUAUUAUAUAUAAAUAGAUGCAUAAAUAUAAAUAUAUAUAUAUAUAUAUAAAUAAAUAUAUAUAAUAUACGGCAAAAUGUCCACAAAAAAAAAAAAGAAGAUGAUGAGAGGAUUUGGAUUGCGGGGAGCAAAGCUUGUCUCUGUUCAUCUCUGAGCUCUGGUUUUGAUUUUGUAGAAUUUAAUGUAAAGAAGUUUAAAAACAAACAAAAAAAAAAACGACUUUUUUAUGAUUCUAUUGAGAGGAUUGUUUCGUCCGUCUUAUUCUCUCUCACACCUUUUUCUGUUUUUGUUUUCUCGACUCUAUGCCAAAACCAAUCUCUUGAGUGCUGAAAGUUCAUUCACAUAUUAUUAUUAUUAUUUUUUUUUUUUUUUUGUACAUGUAAAAUGCAUCCUCUUUUAAGUUUUAUUGCUAUUUAAUUUUCCUUUAUCCCCCUUUUUAAAAUCGGAUGUUCUGCAGCGGUUUGCUCUGUAACAGUUUGAAGAAGCGGUUCCAGCGUCGUGUUACGUGACUACUUUACUGCAACCCGUCGUUCUGUGGAUGUUCGACAUAUCUUUGCCCAACUGUUCCAUCACGUACAUCUUCCUUUCGUCAUUACUUCUUUUCAUCAUGUUCGUGUUUUUAGCCCGUCUUAGCCGUCUCGUCCAUAAAUCUUAUCUCCAUGACAGCCUCUGCAGUCUGUAUAAAUAGCCUCCUGUUUUUGACUCUCUUUAGUUUUUACUUUUAAAAAUGUUUUCAUCGUCCAUGGUUAACAGUUUUUUGGGAUGUCGUGUGCCAUUGUGUUUUUCUGGAAGACGGGGGUGGGAGGGGGGGAUGCUUUUCCCACUUUCUUUAGCUUGGCCCAGAGAUCCGUGAGUGUGUUCGAUUCUGUAAUCAUCAAUCUUCUUUUUUUUUUCUUUUUUUUUUUUUAUGUUUUGAGUCAUUUUCUUUUUCCCUUUGCUAUUUUUAUUUGAUUUAUUUUACCCAGAACAAUGUGUUGGUAUGUUGGUGAGUGAGGCAUCGAGGUCAAUAGAUUCAUCUUGUUCAGAUUAUGGAGUACAACAUCUUUUUUUUUUUUAAGAAAAGUAUUAAAAUAAUAUUUAAAAAAAAAAUACAAA